UGUAACAUGGAGAACUACAACUUCCGCUAUUGGCACCCGCAGCGAAAAACUACAACUCCCAUCACCCUCCUCUUCCUGUGACGUUCGCAAUCACAACCAUGGCUGGCAGACUUGGUUCAUUUCUGAAGAAUGUGUGGUCAAAGGAGCCGGUUGUGACGGCAGCUUGUGGAAUCGGACUCCUAGCUGUGAUCCUGCCGCUGGUCAGCCCCUACACUAAAUAUGCUGGCAUGAUGAACGCAGCAGUUCCCUACAACUACCCAGUUCCAGUGAGGGAUAAUGGGGCCCUGCCAAACGUUCCGAAGCACCCAUGUGACCCAGAGGGACCGAGCCUGGAUUGGCUAAAGAAGAUGUAAGACCACGCCCGCCAGGACUCAGAACACGCCCAACCCCAUCCACCCCCUGUUCUCCUGUACUGUGACUGUACAAAAUGACAAUAAAAAGUGCUUAUUUAAUUUAA